GUUGACAAAGUAUUCGGGUUUCGUAAGGUUUGAGUUGAUAAGUAAAGCAUAUGGAUGAAGUGGAAAGCUACCACCAUAAAUAGAGGAAUGGAGUUCAUGUAAUUGCAAGCUAGAUAAAGCAGAAAGAAAAAGAUGGCAAGUCUUCAGAAUGAGGAACAAGUGGAUCCAACAUCAUGGAGACACAGUAAUCGUAUAGCAGCUGUUAAUUUGGACGACCAGACCCCACCUUAUUCUAUUGAUCAUGAUCAUGAUCAAGAUCAAGUACAGGACCCAGCUGGUACUGAUCACCAGGAUGCCGGAUGGAGAAAAUUUCUAGCCUAUGUAGGACCAGGUUUCUUGGUUUCAGUGGCUUAUAUUGAUCCUGGAAACCUGGAGACUGAUUUGCAAGCCGGAGCCAACCAUGGUUAUGAGCUUUUAUGGAUCAUACUCGUCGGAUUGAUAUUUGCCCUCAUAAUUCAGUCUCUCUCUGCAAAUCUUGGUGUAAGCACCGGAAAACACCUGGCUGAAUUGUGCAAGGUCGAGUACCCAAAAUAUGUGAAGCUUUGUUUAUGGUUGCUAGCUGAGAUUGCCGUGAUAGCUGCAGAUAUACCUGAAGUGGUUGGAACAGCUUUUGCACUAAAUAUACUAUUUCAUAUCCCAGUAUGGACUGGAGUUCUCAUUACUGGUUUCAGCACUCUCCUCCUUCUUGGCCUGCAGAAAUAUGGCGUGAGAAAACUGGAAUUGUUGAUAACAGUGUUGAUAUUUGUAAUGGCUGCAUGUUUCUUUGGUGAACUGAGUUAUGUGAAGCCUCCUGCAGUAGAUGUGAUUAAGGGCAUGUUUAUUCCUAAGCUUUCAGGCCAAGGAGCCAUAGGAGACGCCAUUGCCCUUCUAGGCGCCCUCGUUAUGCCACACAAUCUUUUUCUCCAUUCUGCUCUUGUGCUCUCAAGAAAAGUACCCAAUUCUGUUCGUGGAAUCAAUGAUGCAUGUCGAUAUUUCCUUAUGGAGAGUGGAUUUGCACUAUGUAUAGCUCUCUUAAUCAAUUUAUCAAUUGUUUCUGUAACUGGUACUGUUUGCUUCGCCAACAAUCUCUCAUCUGAAGAAACUGAUCAAUGCAAUAAUCUCACCCUUGACUCUGGUUCCUUCCUACUCAAGAAUGUGCUAGGAAGGUCUAGCUCAACCAUAUAUGCCAUUGCAUUGCUAGCCUCGGGACAAAGCUCCACUAUCACCGGCACCUAUGCUGGCCAAUUUAUCAUGCAGGGUUUCUUGGAUCUUAAGAUGAGAAAAUGGAUUAGGAAUUUAAUGACUAGGUGCAUUGCCAUUACACCUAGUCUUAUCGUCUCUAUUAUAAGUGGAUCUUCUGGGGCAGGUCGACUAAUCAUCAUUUCAUCGAUGAUACUUUCAUUUGAGCUUCCAUUUGCUCUCAUCCCUCUUCUUAAAUUCAGCAGCAGUUCCACCAAGAUGGGACCACAUAAGAAUUCAAUCUAUAUUAUUAUAUUCUCGUGGAUUGUAGGCUUGUUGAUCAUCGGCAUCAAUGUGUAUUAUCUAAGCACAGGCUUUGUCGGCUGGCUAAUUCACAACAAUCUACCCAAAGUUGGGAAUGUGUUUAUUGGGAUCAUAGUAUUUCCGCUAAUGGCAAUCUAUGUACUUGCAGUCAUCUACCUGACCUUUAGAAAAGACACUGUUGAGACAUUUAUUGAUCCAACAAAGAAUGACCCAGUUGUCCAAGCUAACAUGGAAAGUGGGACACGAAAAUCUGGAGAUGAACUAGAGGCGCAUCAGGUACCUUACAGAGAGGAUUUAGCUCAUGUCCCGCUGCCAGAGUAGUAAGAUUUUCAUUUGCAUUACCGGGCAAAAAUAAUUCUGCACUUGUUAAAUGUUAUCUAUGAUGCUUCGGUUGUUGCCUGUUGUUGAACGGGCUGCGGGUUCUACGACCCUACCUCUUUGUAUUGCUAAUUUUCUGUAUAAAGAAAAAUAAUCCACAUGUACUAUACUAGUUGCAAGGUUUUUUUUCUUUUUUUAUACAAUGCCGAAUAUUUAUAUACUGCAAGGGGU